AUGACAAACCUCCGCAGGAGAGCGCGCCAGGCAUGUCAGGCUUGUAAUGCGCGACGCGUCAAGUGUAAUGUAACCGAGCAAAGACCUUGUCGCAAUUGCACAACAGCCGACACGCCUUGUGAGCUCCGUGAGUCGAGACGGGGCAAGCAUCCUCGCCCAUCACGGCGAAACGCAAAGCCAGACAACCAAGGCGGGCUAGAUCAGGCUGAUUCCUCACCUUCUUUUAUCGAUACAAGUGUCCUUGAUGAGUCAGUGGCGACUGGAAACGAUGAGCACUUUGCCGCUUCUCAAGCACUUGCCGACCUUGCAAGAUAUCGGGAUGUAGAAGGCUUGGGCGAUCAGACAUGCAUCACAGUGCAGCCUCAGUCACCUUUAAUAGCACCAAACAACGGACAGGAGGACGACAGCUCGGUGUUCCUCGGCGAGUCAUCCUCAAUACGUUAUGUCACCAACAGCAAUCCAACGCCGCCAACAGCCGGUACAUCGCCACCAGAAAACCUAAGGUUUCUGCAUGCCGUUCCUCACGCUGUAAGAGCUGACAACUUACUGCCGGAAUGGGAAGUAGAGCGCAGAAAGUCGAGGAUUAGUUCUCUAAAAGCAGAAGGCGCCUUUUCAUUUCCACCUGUGCCAGCCGUGGAAACGUUGCUUAAGGCGUACUUCCAAUGGUUCCACCCAGGCUUCCCUGUUGUGGAUGAGGUAGAUGUUUGGACGAGCUUCAAGGAUGGCACCUUAUCCCCUUUGCUCCUACACGCGAUCCUCUUCAUAGCUGUCAUUCACUGCAAGGAAGAUGAUCUACCAGCCGUUGGACUCGGAGGCCGUCAUGUUGCCAAGUGGGUGUUCUACAAUCGCGCAAAGGACAUUUACGACGUCGAGUUUGAGCCAAAAAAGUUCACAGUCACCCAAGCUUUGUUUCUUAUGAGCUUUUGGAGAGCUGGAUUGCUCCUAGAGAAGGACGCCCGGCACUGGCUUGGCGCAGCCAUCAGUCUUGCUCAGACGAAGGCGCUCCACCGAUCCUCGAGAUCCGCUGUAACCGAGAAGAGGACCGAGAGACUUUCUAGACGCUUGUGGUGGGCCAUCUAUGUCCGCGAAAGGCAGUGUGCUGCAGCAUUGGGCCUACCAAACCGGAUUCGAGACGAAGAUUGUGAUAUUGAGCCGUUAGAGCAACUUGAUUUCGAGCGUGCGUUUGACUCGACGUUGCCGAUUCACAAAGCCCAAGAGUAUAUCGCAUACUUCAUCAGCAUUGCUCAACUCUCUAGAGUACUGGGGAAGAUCGUUCAUAGCGGAUACCUCCCCAGCAAGUCACUAUCCCCGAAUGAUCGGUCUCAAAUGAGAGACGACCUCGUGAGAUGGAGACAGCAACUUCCUGCAGUCAUGUCCCUCGCCAACAACGAAUUUGAUGAUGCGGCGGGCUUUCAUGCCAGUAUGUUGCAUCUGGCAUACAACAACCUCCUCAUCCUAUUGUACAGAUCAGGUUGCAUUGGCAGUGCUGAAGAAAGUCAAGAAGUCGACGGGCAGAUCGCCCUUCAGGCUGCGGCAAGGAACUCCCGCAUCAUCGAGGAUAUGCUGCUGGAGGGGGAUCUGCGUCACGGGCAAAUUCACGUCAUAACGAACCUCUUCAACACGCUUUGUAUUCAUACGGUUCAUCUUCGUUCUUCAAAUGGUGCCGGAAGGGCGAUCGUUGAGCACAGAGCGAAAGUUUGUCUUUUGGGCCUGCAAGAGCUACAAAAAACGUGGGAGGUUAGGAUGUGGGUGCUGCAGUUAUUUUUUCAGUAUCUGGAUCGAUCUACGGCGGCGCGAUUACGGAUGCAGGAUGAUAUCUCUUUCGUAUCUGGACUUGACAGUGUGCAGGAUGUCAAUAACAAUCCGACGGUGAUGGGUGGCCUCAACCAUGGCUCGGCUGAGCAUAAUGGGGAGGAUGGACUUGAUGCACUACUAGCGUCUGAACCUCCAUGGUCAUGGUCCACCGAAGAGGCGAAUCAAUUCCUGUUUACACAGAUUGAAAAUGACUUCGCUUUCGGCGAGGGAGGCAUAUUGAAUUGGAAUACUGGCACACCGGCUACCAAUUUGCCAUCAGUCGAUAGUAACUCGCCGACAACUGUGGGCUUCUGA